GUUCGUUCCUCAUACCACACAAUCUUUGCAAAAAUCACCAACCAUUUCCUCUCCAUCAUCACCAUCAUCACCAUACCUUUGUGAGGAAGGGCUGCUGGAAUCCACCUCCUUCGCUUGAAGAUCCUCUCUGGUCGAGGAAGUGUUUCUGUGCGCGGUUCAUAUUAGUAUUGAGUUACCAUACUCUACUAGCACUCUAUCACAGCGACCUGAAUCCGCACCCCUCCACCACACACUAGGAUGUUUGGAUCUUCCAGAAAACCCUUCUCAGCUGUAACGGUACAUAUCGAGAGGCUCACCACCGAAGACUACGACGAAAACGAUGUGAGCGGUAUUCCAGAACUUAUCGAAGCUAUAAAGCUUCAAGAUUCUGGACCAAGUGAGGCUAGUCGGGCCAUCCGCAAGAAGCUCAAGUAUGGCAAUGUCCACCGUCAGCUCCGAGCCCUAACAAUUCUCGAUGCUCUUAUUGGAAAUGCUGGUAUCCGUUUCCAGCGCUCUUGUGCUGACGAGCCCCUUCUUGAGCGUCUUCGAGUUGCUGCAACGGAUACCAUGACUGAUCCAGAUGUCAAAGCAAAGAUCAAGGUCCUUUUCGGGCAAUGGGCACGUGAAUAUAAGGAUACACAGGGACUCACUGGAAUUGCAAACCUUAAUAAGCAACUUCCUCAGCGCAAGAGGGCGAGACCUCAGCCCCAAGUUCUUCGUGAAACCAGUCCUGACCCCGAGAGGGCUACAUCACCAGACCACCAGGCUUCUAGAAGUGGGCGCGCACCCACGUCCCCCAAAGUUCCUACUUCGCCAAAACAAUCACCUAUCACCAUUGGCCCGUCUGCCGACCUUACUAGUUCCUCUAAAACACACAAGAAAUCCAGCUCAAAAACAAAGAACAAGGCAUCCGAAUUCAAUCUUGAGAAAGAGAAACCUGCGCUUUUACAAUCCCUCGCGAAUUCCUCCGUUGCUUCCACAAACCUCAAAAACUCAUUGAAGCUCAUUAACAGAGAAAAGGACCGACCUUCCGAGAACGCCGAAGUUCUCAAGAGGUUUGAGACAUGCAGACAGCUUAGACGGAGCAUUUUGAGAUUUAUUCAGCAUGUGGAGAGUGAACAGUGGCUUGGAGGUCUGAUCCAUGCUAACGAGGAGUUAGUUGAAGCGUUGACACUCUAUGAAGUCCUCAAUAAGCCCAUUGAGGAAGAUUCUGAUAGUGAAGAGGAGGACUGGAACUCCCCUCCAGAUAGGAACAUCGAUGAGGUUAGUUCCGGCAUGGGAAAGGUGCGGAUGCGUGGCCAAGGGGAUGAGGACAGACCGCCAUUACCCAAUACACCUGUUAGCACCAGUGCCAAGGGUAAAGGCACCGAUUACUCGCACCCAAGCGAGCCGGAGGGAGAGGAAGAGGAGGAUCCAGAUGACCCAUUUGGGGAUAAUCAGUAUCGCAUGGAGGAGACUUCAUCAACCGAACCUUCUGGACCGAAGUGGCGGGUGGUUUAGGGCCAAUCAGCGCCCCUACACCACGCUUUAUUAUUCUUGAGCACUUCUCAAAAGGCUUCCAUCAAAAUCAUUGUCCUCAUCGUCUAUUUCUUGCUCGCUUUGUCAACACUUUGUUGGUCUAAAUGGCCAUCUAGUGUGCGUGAAAUCUCUAUUUCCGGGAAUAGGUGGUUCCUUCCAUCUAACUCCCUUUUUGUUUAUGUUCCCUACCCUAUCUUCCCCUUUGCCUUAAGCCACCAGAACUCUCUCAAACCGCAGUAUGAAUGUAAUUCAGCUGAAAUCCUGUAUAAGCACCCUAAGUGCUCUCCUAUGCCCCUAGAUGCCUGGCGUGGGUUUUUAUCAAUGACACCUUAGCGGUAGUCUGCACCACCGCGCCCUUG